AUGGGAAUUAAUGAAUCCGAUAUAGGGAGUAUUGGUAGUGUUAAAUCUGCUGCUUCUGCUGGAAUUGUUAGUGUUGUUGAUAAUGUUGGGGAUUCUGAUAUUGCUAAUGGUGUUGUUGAUGCGAUUGCUGUGGUUGAUGGUGAAGAUGUUACUCCAAGUACACCAACUGAAGCGUCAGGACAAGAAAAACAGGCAGAGGAAGAGAAGAAGCAACAGGAAGAAGGAAAGAAGAAACAAUGUGUUCCUAUAGAUGUGCCUAUCUAUAUCCGAUACUCACGUGUGACUCCUAGGUUGGGAUCCAUUCUGAGGCCUACUAGUGAUGAGAUUGACAUCACAGAUUCAGAUGGGUCAGAUCGGGACAUCAUGACCAAUUAUAAAGAUGAUGUGGGCACACACCAACGGUACAUCACAUGGUGGGGUAGGAUAUACCCUCGAGCGAUCUUUCCAAUAGACUAUCCUAGAGGGAAACCCGAGCCAUGGAGACACAUAGGUGACAAGGAGGAGCCUGACACAUCCAAGGAACCUGGUGAGGAUGACAUAGAUGAUCAGGAUGAUGAUGCAGGGCAACAAGAGUAUGGUAGUGUAGGAGAGGGAGAUCAAGAUGAUGAUGAUGAGGAGGAUGGAGAGGAGGAGAAUAGAAACGAGGACGAGGAAGGAUAG